AUAAUUUUCGAAAAUACAGCGAUCCCACUUGAACGACUAGCAGUUCUCUCCUCUGUGAAGAAAUUAUCUGGUUGUUUGCGAGUAGAGACAACAAAUUUUGAAACCCUUUCAUUUCUUGGAAAUCUUGAGGAAAUCAACUGCGGAGACAAAAAACAGGAUCCUAUCAGCAUCUACAAUAACAACUAUCUCACCGAACUAGGCCUACCGAAACUGACUAAAAUCAAAGCUCACUGGCCUAUGUCAUCUCAGAACAAUAGAAUUCUUGAAAUAACGUUUGAAGAAAUUGAAGCGCUGCUGUCCACUGGUGAACCAGCUACUCAAAUCAAUGGUGCUUUCCCCACAGAAAAUUUGCCACCGGAUAUGUGCAUUUUCAACUCAGUGACAGAUGACUUGACCACGCUGGAUUCGAACUGUACGAGCCUGAUUGGUCUCCUCUAUUAUAGCCAUCGAUCAUUUUCGGAGAAGAAGUGGAAACACUGA